AAAACCGUUAAAAAGAAUAGUGCUCUCUGUGGUCUCCCUCAAAAACCUCCUGCUCCGUUUGGUUGGUAAGAAAAGGAAAGGGUUUGCAGAUACCGAUCCAACAUCUUCAAUGCUACUUUCAUUUCAUUGUUUUGACACCUUAGAAGCAGAAGCAUCCACACAACCUAUCUUUGUACAAUUAUUUUAUAGAAACAUUUAACAUUACCUUUUUUUUCCCUUCUAACUCUGCUGUUUCUGAGCUGCCAAAAGGACUGUUAUUCCUUAAGAAACCUAAAGAAAACCUUGUUAUUUCAGUGUUUUUUUUUUCCUUUCUGUGCAACCAUCUUCUUUGUGAAAAUUAGAGAUCUGAAAAUCACAUGCUUUCAAAAAUACCCACUAACCUUCCCCCUCAUCUGAGUCUCAAAUUCAUUAAGAUAUAUUCAAGCUCUGGGGAUUUAUGGCGUGCCCGCCAACUGUUUGAUAAAAUUCCUGAACCAGAUUUGCGUUCAUGUACAGUCUUAAUUUCUGCAUACACAAAACAUGGUUUCCCAAAGGAAGCUAUACAACUUUACGAGGAAUUGCGGAAACAAAACAUCCCACUUGAUAAGUUGGUACUUUUGUCUGUUGUCAAGGCAUGUGCUACUUCGGCAGAUGUCAACAAGGCAAAAGAGAUUCAUGAAGAUGCAAUUCGAUUUGGGUUUCAUUCAGAUCUUCUGCUUGGGAAUGCACUGAUUGAUAUGUUUGGGAAAUGUAGAUUCUCUGAAGGUGCAAGGAGAGUUUUUGAUAAUUUGUGGGUAAAAGAUGUGAUUUCUUGGACUUCCAUUGCUUCUUGUUACAUCAACUGUGGCCGUCCGAGGGAGGCUCUUCGAUUGUUGCGCGAGAUGGGAUUGAAUGGGGUGAGACCAAACUCAGUGACCCUGUCCUCCAUUCUUCCUGCCUGUUCAGAAUUAAAAGAUUUGAGUUCUGGGAGAGAGCUCCAUGGUUUUGUUGUAAGGAACGGACUGGAAGAGAAUGUGUAUGUCAGUAGUGCACUUGUGAACAUGUAUGCUAGUUGUUUAAGCAUCAAGCAAGCUCAAUUGGUGUUCGAUAGCAUGUCUCAACGGGACAUCGUGUCUUGGAAUGCAAUCGUAACAGCACAUUUUUCAAAUGGAGAAUGUGAGAAGGCCCUUUCUUUAUUCAACAGAAUGAAAACUGAAGGGGUCAGGUUGAAUUAUGCUUCUUGGAAUGCUGUGAUUGGUGGGUGUAUGCAAAAUGGGCGGACCAAACAGGCGCUGGAGAUACUUUGCCAAAUGCAAGAUUCGGGAUUCAAACCCAACCAAAUCACGAUCACUAGUGUCUUGCCUGCUUGCACGAAUUUAGAGAGCUUGAGGGGUGGCAGGGAGAUUCAUGGGUAUAUCUUUAGGCAUUGGAUUUAUGAGGACAUAACAGCCACUACUGCUCUGGUUUUGAUGUAUGCUAAAUGUGGUGUCUUGGAACUAGCACGUAGGGUUUUCAAAAUGAUACCCAAAAGGGAUACUGUUGCUUGGAACACAAUGAUCGUUGCGAAUUCAAUGCAUGGGAAUGGUGACGAAGCCUUGUCACUCUUCUACAAAAUGUUAAACUCAGGAACCAAACCCAAUUCCACGACUUUUACUGGUGUUUUAUCAGGUUGUAGCCAUUCACGGCUCGUUGAUGAAGGCCUCUCAGUAUUUCACUCGAUGAGUAGGGAUCAUUUCAUUGAACCUGAUGCUCAGCAUUAUUCGUGCAUGGUUGAUGUACUCAGCCGCGCUGGUCGCCUAGAAGAGGCAUAUCGGUUCAUCCAAGAAAUGCCAAUAGAACCAACGGCUGGUGCUUGGGGAGCCUUGCUUGGUGCAUGUAGAGUUUAUAAGAAUGUAGAUUUGGGACGAAUUGCUGCAAACCGGUUGUUUGAGAUUGAACCAGACAACCCUGGAAACUAUGUAUUGUUAUCCAAUAUUCUUGUUACUGCCAAAUUAUGGGGAGAGGCCUCAGGAACCAGGAAAAUGAUGAGAGAGAGAGGAAUCACAAAAUUGCCAGGUUGUAGUUGGGUGGAGGUGAGAAAUAAAGUGCACACUUUUGUUGUCGGUGAUAAGAGUAAUGACCAGAGCAAUGAGAUUUACAGAUUUUUGGAUGAGUUGGGUGAGAAGAUGAGAUUAGCAGGAUAUAAGCCUAACACUGAAUUUGUUCUGCAAGACGUGGAUCAAGAAGAGAAAGAGGAUAAUUUGUGCAAUCACAGUGAGAAGCUUGCUGUUGCUUUCGGGUUACUUCAUUUGAGUGGCAAGUCAUCAGUUCGGGUUUUUAAGAACUUAAGAAUUUGUGGAGAUUGUCAUAACGCAAUCAAGUAUAUGGCCAAGAUUGUUGGCGUGGAGAUUAUUGUUAGAGAUUCUCUGAGGUUUCACCAUUUCAGGGAUGGGUUUUGUUCCUGUCAAGAUUUUUGGUGAUCUCUAGAUCUAGUUUACGGGGGAAGUGCAAAAAAGAGGAAGAUCAAGUAAAAUUGGAAGACAUGAGAAACUGAGAAAGAUCAUCCCUGACAUGCUGUUCAGGAGAACCCAGCUGCUGGUUGUAUCCUUUGUGAGAUGUCAGCAUGAGUGAGCCGGAAGAACAUCUUAGACUCAAAUGGGGUGAGAAGUUUUAUUGUCAUGGAGCAGUAGCUGAAGCCAGAGCCAAAAGACAUGUGGUGUCGCAGUAGUAAACUCGGAUUUUCCUGUCGUUGGACCUUGGAGAGCUUCCGCAAGAUUAUGUAAGUUUUCACAUAUUGUACAUGAAGGUAUGCAAGAUUUCAAGAAGUUCCAGCGAAAGAUAAACUGACGGUUCUGAUAUCCGGACAUGGCAAGUUGUCCAAGAGAGACUAUGUCCUCAGUAAGAUUUCCCUCAACAAUUUAAUCCACAUUAUAGUUAAUUUUGUUUUUGUAGCAGACCAGUUGAGAAAGUUAAAUAAUUUCUUUUUUUCUCCUUUGAAUUCUGUAUGAUUUCAUUUUCCGAAAUAAUAUAUUAAUUGAUAUUUCAUGCA